AUGCUGUAGGAGGUGACGUUGCGGAAAAGCGAGAGUGCCGAAAAGCUCGGACUGACUGUGUGCUAUAGUUCUGGUUCCGGCAGCGAGGACGUCGAUACCGAGGUUUAUAUUUCGGAAAUAGUUCCUGAAAGUCUCGCAGCCCGGGAUGGCCGGUUACGAGAAGGAGAUCAAAUCUUGCAGGUCAAUGGCAAGGAUGUUGCAAACAAGGAGCAGACCGAGAAUCUGUUUGCGGAGACGAAAAACGCAGUGACUAUUCUCGUCAGUCGAUGUGUAUAUCAAGACGAUGAAUAUGAUGAUAGGCGUAUCUAUCAACAAGAUUUGCCGCCGCUUUCGCCCGAAAACCCACCAGCAUAUCAAAAUAGCAUGAUCGAGCAGUUGAUCCGUCAACAGCAACAACAAACGAAAGAAAACAACGAGGGAGACAAUUGUAGCUUGAAAGCACCUCCACCCAUACCAUCACACACUCAACAGCAACAGCAGCAACCGCCGCUGUCGCAACAACAACAAUCUAGUAACAUCUUUUCCACAAAUUCAUCACCCACAUGUUCAUCGCAGAACUCACAGAAAUUUGUCGACAAGAACGCGACCUUGCCAGAGCAUCACACGGAAGAAUGCAAUAAGCAACGAAUGCACGAAUCGCUGAUGGAUUGUUCAAAGAGACUCGAGGGUAUAUCUCUACGUGGUCAGCAAUCAAGUCCAUUAGCGACAACACCACUGUCAGUGAAACUUAUCGAGGCAUACUCGAGCCAUGUAUGGAGUGAUAUUGAGCAUAUCUACGAAACAAUACCAGAAUCGGACAGCGAGCCAAUCUACUCAUCGCCAUACGAGCACCAUCAGCAACAUUGGAUGCAACAAACAAACCAUGCCAUGACAACGCAACAUGGUGAAACCGUGCAAAACCAUUUGACCAGCGGACAGCAGAAUCAGAAGUGGCAUUCUUCCUCAAAAAGCAACAGUUCCGGCGAAGAAAAAGAUAGCUCGAGUGCUUACAAUACCGGCGAGUCCUGUCACAGUAAUCCUCUAACUCUGGAGCUGCAUCAGGGUGAGAGGGAUCAUUAUAUGAGCACGUUGGUAUUGUGCCCGCCAAAGACGUUGCAGCAGCAACAACAGCAGAAAGGUGGUUGUAAUUGUCCCAUGCCGGUGACGCCAACCGCAACGUUCGCAGUAACAAAACAAUCAUCGAAAAACCAGAAUGUAAAGAAAAGUUCAUUGUCGUCGUAUUAUCACAGAGAUCGUAAUGAACCUUCGUCGAUAAACGUCAACACUAUGGCAGCCAAUACUAUGUACACGAACGUGGCAAAUUUGCAACAAACAAUGAUGCUGCAACAGCAGCUGUUUAAGCAAGCUCUCAACCGCAAAAAUUUCACAUCUAAAGAGAUAUCCACAAGCAGUGCGAAGAAACCCAAGUCAUAUGGCAACUUCCAGGCACCAAAUCUUACACAAUACCAGUUUAUCGGUAGUCAACAAGUAUGCACGUCUACUACUUGGGUACCACCGGAAGACAAGAACGAGGUGCAAAUGGAAUGGAAAGUAAAAAGGAGAGCGGAUGGAACGAGAUACAUUGCCAGACGACCAGUCAGGAAUAGGAUACUUCGGAAUCGAGCGAUCAAGAUAACAGAAGAAAGAGCCGGUCACACCACCGAGGACGAUACUAUGUCAGAAAUGAAGGUCGGACGCUAUUGGAGCAAAGAGGAGCGUAAACGGCAACUGGAACGUGCACGCGAACGCAAACAACGUCAACAGGAACUGAUACUGCAACAGCAACAGCAGCAGAUACAACAGACUAAUGAUGUGCUGAUAUGCGAGCAUACAGAGGAAAAGAUAUCCAAAAAGCCGUUGAACAUUGUCGAACUAAGUCAUAAGAAGAUGGUGCGUAAAAAAACGACUCUGGAUGAAUUUGCCACCGUGCAAGAAAUGUUGGUUCACGGAAACAGGGUGGGCGCAGGUGGACCUGGCACGGGUGGGAAAUUAAUGGGUUUACUGUCGGUCACCACGGUGUAAAUAGACUCGCGUACCCUUCAUACAAAUUAAUCAUUUGAAUAUCAGAAUUCCGAAAAUAAGUGCAAGAACGUUUUAUGGAUAAUUAUGUGAAUAACUUUUAUAUUAUGCCAGAAAAAUUUUACAUUUUUGAGCGGUGUAACACUCCUCUCGAAUUAUCUUUUAUACCAACCUCCCGCCUGCAAAUAUGUGCCUCACACAAAUCGCAAAGGCAAUAUUAUAAAGAAUAAAGAAUGCUGCACAGACUUUUGCAUGAUGCUUCAUAACGCAUAAGGCAUAAGACACGAAGCAUAAGGCAUAAAACAAGUAAUAAAAGUAUGAAAUGAGGGACAUUGAUUGAUUAAUUAUCUUGUGCCUUAUUAUGUAAAAAAGCUGAAGUAGACUUUCGCAUAACACAUACGUAAGUAAAGCAUAAAGUACAAGAAAAUCGUUUAAUCAGGGUCCUUUUAUUUUAUGAGGAAGAAGGAAAAAAAUUACUUUCAUUAAUUUAUUUUCUUAUGCGUUAUGUAAGACUGUGCUCUCGCUCAAAGUCUGUACAACCACCUUAUAAUGGGUUGUACAAUGAGUCGAUAAUCAAAAGUCUCAAUCAGUCUUAAUCUUAAUGGUACAAGUUGGCAACUGAUCAACUUCACUGAUUAAGGCUUACAAGACUUCCUGCUUAAGACUUCCGAGUCGGAAGUUCUGACUACAGACUCAUUGUAAAACUCCGAUUAAAGCGGGUAACAAAGACUCUUGCAUAAUGUGUAAGACAUAAGCAAAUCAACCAGAGUUCUUUAUUUCAUGGAAAGAAAGAAAAGGAAGAACACCGAUUGGUUGAUUUUCUUAUGUCUUAUAUAUUACACUUUAUACCAGAGU